AUGAUUUCCACAAUAGUGAGGAGAAGAUGCUUUACUGGUAUUAGAGCUCUUAGUUAUACUCCACAGAAGUUGAACUCUGAUCUGCCGCAAUCGAUCCUCAAGUUGUCGCAACAGGCCAACAGCCAGUUGGAGAACGCCGCGGUAAACAAAGUCCAGAAUGGACUGCUUAAGAGCGGACUUUUGGACAGAAACACCUUCACUGAGAAGGAAGCUACUUUGAGUCCGCGCAUGGCAGCCGCUUCUACGCCAUUGAUGGGAGUUGAGGCCGGUCGCACAGUCGCCGUGGGGCGUGACGGCAACCCACGCACGGCUUUUAGAAAGCUACAGAGCAUGACCACUUCUCUUGGAAUUAGACAGAAAUUUUAUGCUGACCAGUUUUACUUGAAGCCCUCGAAGAAGAAGCUCCAGAGGAGAAUCAAGAACAAGAAGAUCAGAUUCAUGGGCGCCUUCCGCAAUCUGCUUUCUAAGGUUAAGGAUGCCAGAAGAAGAGGUUACUAG